AUGCGUACGGUUCGAGUUGAUGGAGGAAACCUACGACAAUUGAUCACGAUUUUGGUACACGUCAAGAAAAAUCCGGGGCAGCAAGAGCCACGUCUUAAGCGGCUAUAUAUCGACUAUGAUGGAAUUCAUCCCGAGAACUGGGGGCCAAUUUGGAAAUACGAAAUUGACUGCGUCAAGUCCCUCGCAGAUAAGCAGAAUGUUCCUUUUGAUUCAACAGCCUUCCAAUUUGAGAACGGAAUUCUCAUGUGCAAGAGCCCCGAAAGUGAGUUGACAAUCCGGAAAUUUCAUGUACAAGUCAUCGCCCUUCUUUUCUCCACGGACACUUUUCCGGAAAUGGUACAGCUUGCGUGCCACAAGGACAUUCUAGAAAUGUUCAGAGGCUUCAAACACAAGAUAAAAAACAUGGUAUCCUCUCUGGCUCUUCGAGAUUCAGCUUCUCGUGAGCCGAAACCUGAUUCACCACUUUCGUGGGACCAGGAGAUCGUCAGCAUUCUAUCAGAUUCUAUGCCGGCGAAGCACCUAUUUCUCGAGGGGCCGAUUGUCCGAAUUUCCAACGAAGAAGGUCAUGGCCUAAGGAACCAUUCAGACAUCACGUUCUACAAGAUAAGCCCUGGGAGUGCCCAAAUUGGCCACCUCAUCGACUUACGCGCAACCAAACUCUCUGCCUUCAGAUACAUUGCCGAGGAUCAUCAAGAGCGUAUUGGCGAGAAGUGGAAAGAUCCACUGAUCAAAAUUCUCGGUGAUCUGAAUUCAACUCAAGGAGAAUGUCUGAAAACGUUGUGUCUUGGCCUAUUUAACGCCCCGCGGGGAUACUCGGGGCUGGCGGUUCCUCCGUCAAUGGGAUUGCUACAAAGUUUGACACACCUGUGGAUUGACUCUGGCAAGAGCGACGCGAGAUGGAAGUACGAAGCCAUUAGGUCAUUCGCACUACCAAACCAUUACGCACAAAAUUUGUUUCACCUUCGCAUCACAGGGCCUCGCGAGGACCUCGAUAAUUGGAUAUCAUUCAUGCUCACUGGGGGCAAAUCAGUGUGGGAGCAUCUGAAAAGUUUCAGUAUCAACGAUGAGACAUUAGUCGAGCAAAACAGCCAGAGUCUUGAAUCAGUUGGAGUCAAACUCAAGCUUAUUGGUGAGAAUGAUGAUAUCAGGCUCUGGACCAAUGAGGGCGAUAAUCUGGAAGAGUUUAAGGACGACAAACGCCCAAGCCAAUACUUCAGCAAAGUCCUCAAUUAG